AGGUUUCCACUCUGACUUACACUGGGGAUCAUACUCGUCGUACAUUGCAACGUCAAUCAUGCCGAAGCAGGGUCGUCGUCGCAAAAAGACCCGCACGCAUGUAUCCGGCGAAGAUGCGGGGGCACAGGCCAGCACGGCGCUGGAAGAAACGCGCAAGGUUCCGAAAUCGCUCGUCAUUCGACGGGGCAAAACCUCACCACAAGUCGGCGAACUGGUACAAGACUUGCGACAAGUCCUGCUCCCCUACACGGCUCUCCACUUUCAGGAAGAUCCGAACAAUCGCAAACUCACGUUACAGCAGUAUUCCACGAAUCUAGCGCUACCCAUGGGCAUUACACAUAUUUUGGCGUUUUCACAGAAUCAGGAAAAAUUGAAUUUACGCUUGGCCCGAACCCCGGAAGGGCCGACUCUUUAUUUUCAUGUGCACCGAUUUUCUCUCAACAAGAGUAUCAAGGCAUUGCAGAGGCGACCAAUCGCGCUCACUAGCGCCCUAACUGCGAAUCCACCCAUCGUAGUCACCAACAAUUUCGGUGAUCACCAGGCAUCCCCGCACGUCAAACUCAUGCGUAUUACCUUUCAAAACCUGUUCCCAGCGAUCAAUGUUAGCCAGGUUAAACUCAAAGACUGCCGACGGGUAGUCUUAUUCAACCUUAUUCCGGGAGCAGACGGUCCCGACGGCACGAAACCGAGCACUAUUGAAAUUCGUCAGUACGCCAUCAAGGCGACUCCCACCGGCGUUAAUCGCAGGGUCCGUCGCCUUGUCCAGGCGAAAUUACCCAAUCUGCACAAGGUGAAUGAUAUUGCCGACUACUUGGCCGGAAACGCGGUAGUUUCGGACGCCCCGAGCGAUUCCGAACCGGAAGACGAUCCUUCCAACGUGGUGCAGCUGUCCGAUACGUACGCCGGCAAGGGCAACGGCAAAUCUCAAAAAUCGGCACUCAAACUGGUGGAAUUGGGACCGCGAUUAAGUCUAGAAUUGUACAAAGUGGAAAAAGGCUUGGGCGCGGGUGAAGUCUUGUACCACGCACACAUGCACAAGACGACGGAGGAGGCCGCAGCGCUCAAAGCGCGGAAGGAAAAAGAAGGGAGACUGAAGCAAGAUCGACGGAAUGUUCAGGAACAAAAUGUGGAACGGAAACGGCAGGCGGCGGAGGAAAAGCGCGAAAGCAAACGUCAACGAAAAGAGGAGCGGGAGCAACAGGCGAUGGAACGGCUACGAGCUGGACAGCCUCAGGAUGCGGAGAGUAGCAGCACCGAAGAAAGUAGCGAAGCCAGUGCAAGCGAGAGCGAAAACGAGAACGCACAAGAAGCAUAGGGUGGAGAGGGUUAUUGCAGUCUUGUUGACAGUCAAGUACAGAAAGGAGCGCGAAUUAUUGCUGGCUGUCGCCUGGGUUGGCACUCGUGUAGGGUACUCAUGUGUAUCUCUGCUUCAAUGGUUGUCAACGACUGACUGUGUGAACAAGAACCAGCAGUCGAUGCAAUUUGUCCGAUUCACAGUCAUCAGGUUUAGCCAAAGUACACAGUUAGCUA